AUGGAAAUUGAUCGUCCAGAGGACCAAAACUCUGAAACAAAGAAAAAUUCCUCUCUAUUCCAGAUAUUCUUUAUCCUUCUAGAAGUGGUCAUUGUGAUUCUAUAUGGCAUUUUUGUCGAAUUUCGUUACGACCCCGUCGAUCCUAGCCUCCCUUGGAAUGAAGAGCCGCAGACUGCUUUUGUUACAGGUUACCCAGUAAUGCAAGAUGUGUCAGUCAUGAUGUUUAUUGGCUUUGGAUUCCUAAUGACUUUUCUUAGAACUCAUAGUUGGUCAGCGGUUGGGUUUAACUUUAUUCUAACAGUCGUGGUAUUCCAGAUGUACAUCCUUUACAAUGGGUUCUGGAUCAGAUGUGUGAGUGGAGACAACUGGGACUUUAAAAUUCAAGUAGACAUCACUACAAUGGUGACCGCUUUAUACUGCUGUGCAGCCAUAUUAAUCAGCUUAGGAGGAGUUUUAGGCAAGCUAAAUUUGUUUCAGCUCCUGGUUAUGGCGUUUAUCGAGGCAUGCUUUUACGCAUUAAAUGAAGCUAUUUGCUUUGAUAGAAUCCACCUACAAGACAUCGGUGGGAGUAUAACAAUCCAUACAUUUGGGGCUUACUUUGGCUUGUCAGUGACGAUGAUGAUUUCACCAAAACAAACUAAAGGACAUCCAAAAAACAGUUCAAAUUAUAACUCGAACUUAUUUGCUAUGAUUGGAACUCUGUUUUUGUGGAUGUACUGGCCUAGCUUUAACUGUUUCCCUGCUUUAAACCCUGAAGACAGAAUCCGAUCAGUUAUUAACACUCUUCUAGCACUGACUGGAUCAACAACUGCUGUAUUUAUUACUUCUUCUAUAUUUAAGAAAGGAAAAUUGAGCAUGGAAGACGUCUUAAAUGCAACUUUAGCAGGAGGAGUCUGUGUAGGGACGAGUGCAGACCAAAUUGUAUAUCCUUUUGCAGCUUUAUUUGUAGGGUAUUGGGCAGGAUUUAUGUCUUGCGUUGGGUUUGAAGUGCUUUCUCCUUUACUUCAGAGAAAAAUUGGACUUUAUGAUACAUGUGGAAUUAAUAACCUUCAUGGAAUGCCAGGAAUUUUUGGAGGCAUUUUUUCAGCUAUUUUUAUAGGUGCUUUAACAGAAGACACUUUAGGGUAUAGAGUUGAGGAUAGAUUUGAUGGUAGAACUGCUUCAGAACAAGGAGGACUGCAAAUUGCAAGCUUAGGAAUUACUUUAGCGAUUGCAAUUAUAACUGGCGUAAUUACAGGCCUAAUUCUAAAAUUGCCAUGCUUUAACGGACCUCAUGACUUGUUUGAAGACCAGGUUUUCUGGGAGAUGGACGAGCAUCAAGUCCCUAACGGGUAUAUUCCAACCAUGACUCGCGAAUUGAUCACUGAAGGUAUGGAGUCUCCUCGUAAGCACAAACAUCAUGAUAAAGAGCUUAAAGAAAUCGAAUAA